ACUUUUCGGUUUAGUCACUUCUUUGAACUGUAACCAAAAUGUCGGUGGAAGACUCCUGGGUUUUUGAUUCACUGGUGUGCUUUCUGCACGGCCCCAUCUGGAAUGCUCCGCUCCAGACUUUUAUCGAGCAAAAGUCCUUAGUCUUCGAUCCCAAUCUGCCGAUGGAUGAGAACAAUCCAGACAUACUUCAGAUCCACGAGGAAUACAAGAAUCUGGUGGAUUACAUGCUGGGCAGCUUUAUGGAGGAGAUGCAGAUAUCGCCGGAGCAGUUCGAAAUGGCCUGUCUCGAGGGUCAUCAGCAGGGGCAGGGCGAGAAUCCCUUCCAGUUCCACCAAGUGCUGUUUCAGCAGAUAUGGGCCGCCAACGACAUAAAGAUAUUCAUACGCAUGAUGACGCAACGUAAUGUGGAGCUUCAGCUACAGGCCCUGGAUCUCAUCGAGAAAAAUCAAUUAGCCCAGAGUACCGCCGACGAGGGGGAUGACCGCAGUGCGGACGCGAGCUCGGAUCCAGGUGAUACCGCCUCGGAGGUGGAACAGUUGAUAGCCAAGACGGUGGCUGACGAACUGGAGAGUCCGGAAGCGGCUCUUACUCCAGAGCAGGAGCCCAAUAUGGAACUGGUUAAUGACAAGUUCCAGCGGCUGAAUCUGUUCUUCGAGCAGGAGGAUCAUGUGGACCCCAGUGACGUGGUCUCGCGACAGGAGUACCUGCGCCAGCAACGCGACAAGAUCGUGGAGAUUAAGAAGCAGACACGCGCCAAGCAACUGCAGGAGACCAUGUCCCGCGGUACUCCGCAUGCUCCGGAGGGAGCACGUCCCAGCUCCGCAUUGGUGGCCCAGCAGCUACUGGAGAAUGGCGGCCAGACCAAGGAGCUCUCGAUGCCAGCACCUCUGGAGGCCGAGGAGAACGCUGCCCUCCAACUCAGACGCAAUCUGGCCAAGCGCUUGCGGAGCGAAGUGGUGGAACAGAAGUGAAAAACAGGACACACUACUAUUCUCUACUAUUCCCAUUUAUUGCAGAUGCUCAGCCAGAAUUAACAACGUGCAUAAGGUAUUGCGACAUGCAGACUAGUUCGUUUGGUGGAUGCACAGGGUGUGUCAUAUGUUGUACUUGUCUCGUCUCCACUCGUCCAUGUCCACAUACAACCCAGAUUCAAUGGUAGUGGAUUGUGUGUGGACAUGGUCAAGGGAAUCUCUAAUAAUUUCCAUUAAGCUUUUCCUCAAAAUAAACAUAUUGCUAGUGAAGUGUUUCCCAAAAA